GUGAGAUUCGCUUACCCGCCUUCGUUUUCGCAAUUACUAUUCUCCUGCAUCUCUCCUUUUUCUUUCUUCCCGCUGUUUUGCUGUCCUGUGCUUUCGUUUUAACUCUGCGUGUACAUGAGCAUAUUUAUAGCUCACAUUCACUCACACACACACACAUAGGUCUCCACAAAAAAAGUGUUGUUGAUAUUUCGGUUGUUGCUUAUUCCAGCUUAACACACCCGGGCUUCUCUCUUUCCCCCACCCGCUCCUCACCUUUCGAAAUUUUACCUCUCCCCCCGCCUACGCGCACCGCUCUUCAUAAUGGGCUGCGGAGCUUCUACCGACAACGCCAACGUGACGUACCUGAACGGCAAGCCCACCUUCAAAGGCGAUGACGUCACCAAGGGCUUCGAGAAGGACAACGGCCUUCUCUUCCGCAUCGUGAACAAGAAGAAGAAGCAGUGGGCCUACUACAACGACACGAAGCAGUACGAGAUGCACGUCACCGUCACCUUCAACGAGGACUGCGACAUCAAGGCACUCGGCAAGACGAAGCUGGAGCAGCAGGAUAAUGGCGAGUGGGUAGCUCACGUCGUCGUCUACCCGAUGGAGACGGAGAUGUUCAUCGAAGGACGCGUGAACGGCUUCCGCUCCAAGAUGGACGCCCUCCCGCUCUCCGACGAGUACCGCCAGCGCCAGGAGGAGAAGGCGAAGAAGUAA